UUCAUGCAGGUGUAAUAGUGAUGUUGGAGUAAUGUGGGAUGUUGUGAGGACGAUGAAACCGACGCGCAGACAUUGAACUGACACGCAUGUGCCUCAAGUCACGCGUCUCUCCGUGAUAGGAGCAUGGGGAUCUUAAUGAGUGUGUGAAAAAUGUCAUCCACUUGGAGCGGCUGAUAGGAUCGUGGAAGGCUCUGUGAUAAUCCGGCCAGAGUGCCUCACGGAUUGGUAUUUUGGACCUGACUGUGUGUUGGUGUUGCGGUCGCAUGGCACACCGUUAACGCCGAGAAGCUUGGGCCAGAACUUAUGGAGGGCUACGCGGCUGAUUCCAGUAGUGGAAGCACCGAACCUGCAACGUUCGCAUUCCAUUUCGGUGUCGCCGCGACGUGCUGUCGUUGUAUCGAUGCGGUCGUGUCUGUGACAUGCCUAUGAGCCUGGCCGCAGGUUCUUCGGCAUUCGAUUAAUGACGGUCUAGUGGCGGAUCAGGACUAAACCUGUGAAUCACGAAUGAUAUGGGCUGUUUUGGAAGCACUGGGACUGACAGUGCCCAUGAUCACAAAAAGCAAGCCGCGCAGAAUCGGAAAAUUAAUGAGCAAAUUCAGAAAGAUAAGCGGAUUUUCCGAGCUACCCACAGACUUCUACUUCUCGGUGCUGGCGAGUCUGGGAAGAGCACGAUCGUGAAGCAAAUGAGAAUUCUCCACGUGAAUGGAUUCAGCGAAGAGGAGAAGCGACAAAAGGUCGAUCAUAUCAAGAAAAACGUUCGCGACGCUAUUUUGACGAUAACUGGUGCGAUGAAUGUGCUUUCCCCGCCGAUAUCCCUGGAGAAGCAAGCGAACCAGUGGAGAGUGGAUUACAUUCAAGAUGUGGCAUCGCAGCCCAAUUUCAACUACCCUUCCGAGUUCUAUGAGCACUGCGAGGAGCUUUGGAAAGACAAAGGAGUGCAAGCCUGUUACGAACGCUCGAACGAGUAUCAGUUGAUAGACUGUGCCAAGUAUUUCCUGGACAAAGUGAAGGUAAUAAAGGAAAGUGAUUACACGCCGACGGAGCAGGAUAUCCUGAGAUGUCGUGUCCUCACGUCCGGAAUAUUCGAAACAAAGUUUCAAGUGGAUAAAGUCAAUUUCCACAUGUUCGAUGUCGGUGGUCAACGAGAUGAAAGGCGGAAAUGGAUUCAGUGCUUCAACGAUGUGACAGCAAUUAUUUUUGUAACGGCUUGCUCCUCUUACAACAUGGUGCUGAGAGAGGAUCCGAAUCAGAACCGACUCCGAGAAUCUCUGGAACUCUUCAAAAGCAUUUGGAAUAACAGGUGGCUGCGCACCAUCUCUGUGAUUCUGUUCUUGAAUAAACAAGAUAUUUUGGCUGAGAAAGUGAUCGCUGGGAAGUCUCGAUUAGACGAAUAUUUCCCAGAUUUUUCUUCCUACCGGACGCCUCAGGAUGCUCCGUUGGAACCUUCUGACAACCCGGAAGUAGUACGCGCCAAGUACUUCAUCCGUGAUGAGUUCCUUCGAAUAAGUACAUCCAGUGGCAAUGGGCGUCAUUAUUGUUAUCCUCAUUUUACAUGUGCUGUGGACACUGAGAACAUUCGACGUGUGUUCAAUGAUUGUCGAGACAUUAUCCAGAGGAUGCACCUUCGUCAGUACGAGCUGUUGUGAUGGAUGUCUUUUCUGCGUAGGCUCUGGCUUGGCCAAGGAUUUUGUUUGGAACUGGAUUGAGAAUUUUUUUGGGUUUGGGAAAGUGAAAAAUCAGCCACAGAGGGCUGGAGAGAGCCCUAAAGGUAUCCAUGGUUUGCCAUGCGAGACGAUGCUGAGGAAAUUUAAUGCCAUUGACGAAUAUUUCGCGUAAUAUUGAUGUGUUGGAAGUGCGCGAGUAGCGCCUUGGCGGGAUUGGCGAUCUUCUUGGCAAGGGAAUUUCACAGAGCGGGGCGAGUGAAGGCAGUGAGAAUCGCAAGAGAAGCAAUCGGAAAUCCAUGAAAUCGAAAGCCCAAGCCAGUAACCUGUGCUGAGGAGUCGGAUGAAGCGUGUGUGUCCGUCGGGAGUAAAAAAAUUGUGUGAUUGCAGUCGGUGCGUGGAUUUCUACGGAGCAGUCUUCAGGCCCCAUUUCAUCACGAGCGUUACGCGUUUUGAUUUAGUCGCACGCCGAUUCCUAGCCCUUCUCCCGUGCUGAAGUUGCUGGGAUUUUUGCUUUCAACUUGGGGUUGUCACCUUGACUUCGCAAGUUCUUUUUUUUCUUUUCGAUUACGAGCUGUGCUCACCGUUUCUCGACACGCUGUGUGAAUGUCUAUGAUCGUGCCAUUUUUUGUGGGGUUCUCGCCGAGAGAGGUUCAAAACGUGGUUUAGAAGUUCGGAACAUUUCCGUUAUCUCCUACGGAUCUAACUACAAUUUCAAGGAACUUUCAAGUCUAAUUUAAAAAUCAAAUCCUUUGAUUCCUCAUAAAGAUCAUUUAUUUUUUCUCUUGGCUUUUAUGCUGAGCAUUUUGCAUCGGAAAGCUUUUGGGUUUGCUUGUUGGAGGUGCACAUAUUCAGUUAAAAGCGAAUUUCGUCUUGUAUUUUAUUUAUUAUUUUUGAUCAAACGGAGUGGACUCCUAACGCUAGAUUCAGUUCAAAGUUCAGUGUUCCAUUGAAAGUCAAAGUUUGCUUGCCUUCUUUGCGAUAUAGUCUUGACAGCAAGCGUUUGCUUCCAUGAAAUCCGUAUUGCCGGCCCUCAUUUCUUCUUCUCAAUUUUCUCCCGGUGUUCGCAGUUAUAUAUUCAUCUCUUGCUGGGGGCCAAGAAUUCCCGCAAUCUUUUCAUAAGUUCGGAUUUUUCCGAGUUUUGUUUUCAUUUGCCUUUGAUGGGGCCUUAAACACCUGCCUUUUCCUAUUGUAUAGAGAGAAUCUGAUGAAUGCGACUUUUCUUCUAAUAAAUUCGUCGAACUCGAUGGCAUGGAGUUCAGAAAGGAGAGGUUUUCCGCGUUGAUGGGAGUUUUACUUAUCGAAACUUGGCCCCUGUUCCCUAGCAUUUCGUCGGAUUUGAAUCAUGCUGCUGUUAAACGCUUCUUUGGGGCGCGUUCUUUUACUGCUGUGCCGGGUUUGAUCCCAUCGUUAAAGAUAUGAUUCUUGCCCAAAAAUCUUGCCCAAAUCGGAGAAACAUCAUCCUUGUUGCGUUUGAAUCUUCUCGAUGAUCUAAUGAAAACCUCUGCUUCAAGUAGUUCUCCGUGGCUAAUGCAGGGAACCGAAAGAUUGUCAGGAAGUAGCAGUUGUUGCGUUUUUGUUCGUAUUUUGGUGCAAUGGAGGGUUGACCCGGCAGAUGAACACCAGCAUUAAUGUGAUCAUCGUUCGCAGAAAUAUUCACGAAGUUUAAUUGCUGUGGAUCCCACAGAAUGAAGCUCAACCGUAAUGAAAGCAGUUUAUUUUUAAUGCAGUAAUUACCGCAAUGUUUUAAAAUGCCUACAGCCCCUAGGGCUUCGACCCAGUGAUACCCAGAACGAAAGCAUUUUGAAAUGGAAUCUGGUCGCGAUUCGAGCCAUUGUGUAUUUCGUCGAUGUUCGAAGGCAUUGUGUCAUGCCGCGCUGUAGUUGAAUUUCAUACUGCUGCAAAGGCUUGCAUGAUAAUAAUCUUUCUUGAGUUCUUAGCAUUCAUUCCCGCCAGAUUCUUUCGGUACUAGCCAUAAUAUGAAAAAUUUUGAAGUGUGGGAAACUGCGUAUGAAGCACCUUCUGCUUUGUGUAAAGUGCGCUGACCUGAGGACUGUGAUACGUAGUUGCGUGUACCAGUGUAUAUCAUUUCGCUCCAGGCCCAUGAUCAUGCAAACGUAGCUCCCGUACCUACCAAGAGCCUGUGGUCUACGUUUGUAGGCUGGAGUGACGUUGGAACAUUGUCGUGACCGCCGAUGCAAAAGCUGCGCUUUGUAGCAACCGGGAAAUGGAAUAGAACUAAGUCAGGCUGGGGCGCAUCUGUGAAUGAAUUGCGCCAGUAGAAAAGCUACUCUUUGUCUUCAAUGUCCUGUCACGACACCUCCUGACAUUGUCCACCUUAUUUUUUUUAUGGACUACUUCUUUGCACAAGUGCUUUUAAUUUCAUUGGAAGCUGCCAGUUACUAGUUAAGUUCAGCUCUUGGUAGAAUUUGCCAGGGUGACAGAAUUUUUGUUGGGAUUUCUACCAGUCAGCUGUAUUUCUACCAGUCAAAGUCGCAGGAAUCGUUUUCUAAUUGUUUAAUUCAUAGUCAUCCUGUGGCCUUCAUUAUUCAAAUGUUUGUCAAAAGUGUGGUUUCAUUCUCGGGCCAAAUCUGCGUGAUCCUGGUCCCGGCUGAAAGCUGAAAUUGAUCUGUGUUUUUCUGCGGAAUGCCCUCAUUUGUUAGGUCGCGGUGGGAUUCGGUCUAUUCCGAGCUGAAAAUCGUCAUGUAGACCAUGUCAAGAUUGACUUCUAUGUUGCGAUCCUGCCUCCUAUUCCAUAUCUGCGCAUUUUUAGUCAGCACUGAGGCAUUUUUGUAUGAAGUGGGGUUUGCUUUCCUCAGGCCGUUUUUGUUGACCCUCUGAAGGAAGUAUUUGCUCCCUAGCCUGUCUGUGUGGAUGAUGUUCCCUUUUGAAGAGCUGAAGUGAAUUUUUCGGCGAAUCCUCACAAUGAUGCAAGGAAUGCAUGGAUAAUUUCAGUUAUCUCUCCGGUUCAUUUUGAUGCGUCUUCUUUUGUAUGACUCAGCUGCUUUUUCCGUGUUGGAUUUCAUUCUGAAAAGUGGUUUGGAAGGUGGAAGAAAGCAGGUUCGACUGCCCUUCUUGCAAAAAAUUUUUAAUGGAAGGAAAUAAUAAAGCAACUUCAUGUAAUAACA